AUGACACCUAAGCAUCAACCCAGCCACGCCUCAUACCCAGUGUGUAUAGAAGUAGCCCUUGAGCCUGUCAAGUCCCGAACGGAUAGCAGCUUCAGGCGGCGGGGAGUGAACGCAGACACCCACAAACCGGGCGAUCUCCAGCGGGUACCGGAAACCGGCGCGAGCGCCCUGGCCGGAGCGCGGGUGUCCCCUCGACCCCGCCCGGCGCGAUGUCACUGCGUCCAGGCUGCGCGGCCUGGUGCGGGGCACAGAGGGAAACUGUGCUGGUGUGCGCUUGGUGGCUGGAGGGCGCCCGGGGGCUGGCGCGCUGGACCGGUGAUUUGGGGAAGUACAUCGCGACACCUUUGCAGUUGGCGUGGCCCUGUUUUGCAACGCCAACCGGAGGGAAGGCCGCCCGGCGGAGGGGCGGGGGUGGACAAGGGAAGGGGUGAAGUGGGUUGGGAUGGGAAUAAAGCAAACUCGAGAGCAGGGAGCCAGAAGGAAGGGGUGAGUGUCAUCGCGGGGAGGAGGCUCCCACCGGCUCUCCCCGCCUCCCUCCUUCGCCACCCCCCACUCCCUCCCCACUGCAGCCCUUCCCCUUCCCGGGUGAACGCCACGGCCGCUGCCCGGGUACGCGCGGGUCCUGUUGUGACAGUCAGGCAGAGAGGAUUAUCCGGAUCAUGGCCUCCCCAGCCCGCAGCCGCGGUAGCUCUCCCGGGUCCCUGUGCGCCCCUGACACCCAGACCAUCCCAGGCGCCCUACGGCCGCAGCUUCCUCGGCGCAAUCCAAGGAAAGACUCCAAGCAAAAGAAAACAAACCCCGAGAGGGGGAGGGCAGGCUAACGGUGCCCAGUGGACACCUCGGACCUCUUUCCUUGGUGCUUUUUUCCACCCUCGGAAUGGGACCCGGGUUGGACACCCUGAACUUCUACUUCCCAGCCUGAGCUGCCUCCAGGGAACCUGGGGAAUGGAGCUGACAACUCCGAGACCGCAGGCACUGAGACCGCAGGCACUGACCCCGCAGUACUGGCCGCCGCCUGCUCGGUGCGCCAGCCCGGACUACUUACUCCAGCCGCCAAGAUCUGCUCGGGUCCCCGCAGCCGGAGCCCUUUAA